UGCAGAUAUGGGCAGUUAGGCGUCACUGUUAAGCAAUAGAGUAUAAAGGGAAGGUUACAGGGCAUGUAGUGACCACCCAAAGCAAAGACAUUGCAGUAAUAAUCACAGUGUGUUUUUACAAAUAAUUCCUCAGGGCUAAUGAUUAAUCUGAGGUAAAACAUUAAUGUCGUAGGCCCCCCGGCAAUGCAUUGUAUAUAUGAAGAGCGGAACUGACACACAAGUAUUUAGGAAGCCUUCUUGACUGGGUUUCAGAGACUUCUCAUCACUAAGCUAUACUGCUGAUCUUACACACAAGAACAGCUCACACAACAUAGUGCUCUUAGUUAAAUACUUUCAAAAAGCUAAUGGCUAGAGAACACAGCCCCUGUACUUGGCUAUUAAAAGCCUCCCUGCUUUUUAUGGCAGUAGUGAUUUCAGUCACAGAACCACUGCACUGUGCCCAGUGCACUGAAGAGAAAUUAGCCCUUUGCGCACCAGUACCUGCUGAGUGCCCAGAACUGGCACGAGAACCAGGCUGUGGUUGCUGUUUGACUUGCGCACUAAAACGUGGGGAACCUUGUGGGGUGUACACCGCAAGGUGUGGAAAAGCACUUAGCUGUCAUGUAAAACCUGGAGAGCCCAGACCCCUCCAAGCACUUACAAGAGGACAAGGAAUUUGCAUGGAUGCAGAAGACUUAGAGAAGAUGAGAUCUAGCGAUACUACAGAAAUAAAGGACUACUCAGAACAUGAAAAUACUGCUCCAGAAGGAACUGAUCUUACACAGGACCAGCUCCCACCAUUCCUCCGACUGUUUCCUGAUGGUUUGGAUAAAUUUGAGGCCUGGAAUGCAAUUAUGUAUGAACGCAUAAAGGCAAAGAAGCUCUUUGAGAGAAAGAAAUUAAAGGACCAACCACAGGGACCAUGUCAGAAAGAACUUUACAAAGCAAUGGACAGAUUGGCAAAAGUUCAACAAAGAACUGGAGAAGACUUAUAUAGGUUUCACAUUCCCAACUGUAAUAGGAAUGGAUUUUACCAUAGUAAACAGUGUGAGACUGCUUUAGAUGGAGAACGAGGAAAAUGCUGGUGUGUCUAUCCAUUAACUGGAAAGAAGAUUCCAGGUUCUCCUGAAAACAAAGGCGAUCUUAACUGCCAGCAGUAUCUGAAUGCGCAAGAAUAGGUGCACUGAUGACGUGUAUAUUUUAUGUUUUCUGGACAACUACUGAACUAUUUAUUCAGACAUAUAUUUCCUGUCCCCUAAUAUUAUGUAUUUUUUCAUACCUAUUUAUGAGCAAAUAUUAUGGUCUAUGGU